AUGCCUCUCGGUUCUGCGGAAUCUCAAGACGAGGAGCGCAGACACAUGCCGCCGUCCGCGCAUGCACCCCUUUCCGCGCAUGCGCCUUCCGCCGCGCCCUCCGCGCAGGCACCCGCGCUGAUGCCCCUCCCGAACGGCGCGCUGUUCGGUUCUGCCGUGCCCCUGCAGCAGCAGCAGCAGCUGCUCCAGGCGCGCGACGGGGAGGGCGCGCAAGCGCAACUCCAUGCACCGCAGCAGGGGCUGAAAGCGCCGCAGCAGGCGGGCCAGCCCGGGUUCUUCAACGGUCACCAGACAGAAUCUCUAGGCAGUAAUGUUCACAAUCCGAUUCGUGGAUCGGGGUUUGGGGGAACGGUUGGGGCGGAGGGAGGCGCUGCGCCCGCGGAGCAGUCAGGCGUGCGGGCGGCGGAGCAGCAGCAGGGACAGGCGCAGCCCGCGCAGCUUGCGCAGCAACAACAUCCGCAGUUUCUACAGCCACAGUCGUACCAGCCCGCGCAAAUCCCGACGCAGUACCCACCGCAGUACCCGUUUGCGCAAGGGAUGUCCCCCGCGGAGGUUCAUCCGCCAAUGGAGCCGCUUCCGCCGCUACUUCCGCCCCCCGCCAACCUCAACUCUUCCGCCACCGCCGCACCGUCGUUCCCGUCAAUCGGCCGCCCCCUUCCUUCACUUGCGCAGAACACCCGCGGGCUCCCUUUUGGCGGAACGGGCGCAACCGGAGCAAGCUCCACGGGGAACGUCGCGGGAGCCGCCGCGCCGCCGCCGACCACCACCGCUAACUACACGACUCCCGCGGGCCGGUUGCGCGUGGGUUCUCACCUUCCGCUACUCGGCGGUAGGUUCCGUUUCCGCGCAACGAUCUCGGAAGGUGGGUCUGCGCGCGUGUUCGAGGCGGUGGAUACCGCUGGCAGCUCCGCAGCUGGCGCAAGCGGAGGGGGCGCGCUCGGGGGAUUACCAACGGCGUCGGAUCUUCAACGGGCGUCGAAUCAAAACCAGAGUCAGCUACAACCGACCGUUGUGAUCAAGGCGAUGCACCGGCAGUAUCGUGAGGUGGGACGGCAGGAGCUACAGCUGCUACAUAUUCUCAACUCGCUUCUGCCGGCCGCGGUUGGCGGCGCAGAAAACGGAAGCGCGGAGAACGGGGAUCGAGAGCCGGACGGUUGUCCGGUAGUGCGGUUGAUCGAACCUGGAGGAUUUGAUUUUUCCGGACACAUGUGUUUGGUGUUGGAGAAGCUUCACGGGUCGCUCCUUGAUUACCUCUGUCGCCGGGCCGUUGAAGACGCCUCCGCGAAACCCGCCGGAUCAGCCGCCGCGUCUCCCGGUGGCGCGUCCGCAUCUUGCAAUUGCGCGGAGAACUCUGUCGAGGAGGGCGCGCGGAGCGGACCAGUUGCGCGCGCACCAGCGUUCCCCGACAGAGUGGAGGACGUCCGCGCGGUUGCGCGCCAAGUGCUCACGGCGCUCGCGGCGGUCCAUUCGAUCGGGUUCAUCCACGGGGAUAUCAAGCCCGAAAAUAUCCUCCUUGCUGCGCCGAUUCCAAGCGGAACCACCGCGGUUGCUGCAGGAGUGUCGGGUUCUGGGGGGCGGGUUUGCCCUGUGCAUUCCCCGCGGCCGGCGCCGUUGAAUAUCAAGCUCGCUGAUUUUGGAAAUUCGUUCAUGCAGCGGCAGGUGAAGGAUUUGUGUCGGGAUUUUGAUGUUCAGACGCUCGCGUACCGGGCACCUGAAGUUUUGCUCGGGCUGCCAUUUGAUAAGAGUAUCGAUCUCUGGUCUCUGGGGUGUGUUCUUUCGGAGCUCGCGAUUGGCCGGUUGCUUUUCGUCUGCGAUUCGCCCGCGCAGCUGCUUCGCCAGAUGGUGGAGAUGCUCGGGUUACCUCCUCCUGCGAAGCUGUUUCGCAACGGAAAGCUCUUCCCGCAGCUUGCGAGGAGCGCGCGUGUAUACCCGUCGCAGCAGCUGGAGGAGAUCGCAGGAGAUGCGGAUGGCGAGGGUGGGAAGGCUGCGGGCGACGACGACGCAGCGGAGAAGAAUCAUGCGACAAUUCGGCGUGGUCGACUUGGCCGGAUGCUGUUACAACACGAUCCUCUCAUGGCGGAGCUCAUUUUCUCCUUGAUGGAGUACGACCCAGCUAAACGCCCCUCUGCUCAGCAGGUGGCGCUUCCAUCUCCUGCUGCCGCUGGUCCUUCUCCGGGGAAUGGGAAUGCGGCGGGUGGGAGUGUGGGGGGUGGAAACGGGGGAAGUGGGAAUGUGGUGGCAGGAAGAGAGGCUGUGGGAGGCGGAGGGGUCAGCAACCCCCCUCACCGUAUCACCCAACUCCCCUCCCUCACCCCCCUCCCCAACCCCGCCCUUCCCCUCCCCGCUCCGCGCGGCCCCCCCGCCACCCUCCCCCCUGCAUCUGCGCCCUCCCCUUCUUACCCCCCCUCCCACCCCCCACAAACCCCCGCUCUCCGCCCCUACCCUUCCACACCUUACACUCACCCCCAAACCCAUCCCAACCACCUCACCACCCCUGCCGCCACGCCCGUUACAAGCACACCCGCGUCUCUCCCUCCUCCGGUCUGCCCCUCCCCGUGCAUUCUCCCUGCCGCCGCUGCUUCCUUCCCAAACCCCCAGCAGCAGCAGCCCUCCCGGUCCCUCUCUCUCUCUGCUGUUGCAAGCCCUGCAAACGCAACCACGGGGAAGGAGCAAGGACAGUUUUACAGAGGCACGAGCAACUAUGGAAGCAUGAUGCAGCAAGCGCCACAAGAAGGGGGAAGCCAAGGGGGAGGCCAAGGGGGAGGCCAAGGGGGAGGCCAAGGGGGAAGCCAAGGGGGAGGCCAAAGGGGAGGCCAAGGGGGAAGCCAAGGGGGAGGGCAAGGGGGAGGGCAAGGAAGGACCCUCAGCUCGUCCGCCUCUGCACCUGCGCACGGGUCAAUGCUACUUUCAGCCGCUGCCUCUGCUGCUGCUGCUGCUGCGGCUGCUGCUGCUGCUGCGGCUGCUGCUGCUGACGUUUCUUCUGGUGCCAAUAUCGGAUGUGCUAAUAACGGAGAUGGAGGUGGAGCAAGCAGUGGUGCUGCUGCUGCUCUCCCCGUCGGCAUAGCCACUCCGUCUUAUGUCACACCCGCUGCAGCCACACCAGCUGCCGCUCAAACGCCCACCACUCCUGCUCCCACGCUUCAACACUUCAUGGGCCCUCCCUCUGCUGCUUCUUCUCCUGCAGUUGCGGCUGCUGCUGGUGGCGCUGGUGGUGGUUGUGCAGCAGCAGGUGGGCGGUGUUGCUCGUCCGCACAUGCCGCCUCACCUUACCCACUCCCAGUCGUUCCCUACCUCUCACCCGUCUUCCCAUCCUUCCUCUUAUCCUUCACCUCACUCUCAUUCCCGAGGGCGGCUCUCCCCUCACGUUCAACACACCUCUUCUCCUGCCUCUUCCGUUUCUCAGCACCAAAACUAUCAACAGCAGCAGCAGCAGCAGCAGCAGCAGCAGCAGCAGCAGCAGCAGCAGCAGCAGCAGCAGCAGCAGCAGCAGCAGCAGCAGCAGCAGCAGCAGCAGCAGCAGCAGCAGCAGCAGCCGCAACAGCAACAGCAACAGCAACAGCCGCAACAGCAACAGCAGCAGCAGCAGCAGCAGCAGCAGCAGCAGCAGCAGCAGCAGCAGCAGCAGCAGCAGCAGCAGCAGCAGCAGCAACAACAGCAAUACCAGCAGCAGCAAUACCAGCAACAGCAACUGCAGCAGCAACAGCAGCAGCAGCAGCAGCAACAGCAACAGCAGCAGCAGCAGCAGCAACAGCAAUACCAGCAGCAGCAAUACCAGCAGCAGCAACAACAGCAAUACCAGCAGCAACAGCAGCAGCAGCAGCAGCAUCAACAGCAACAGCAGCAGCAACAGCAACAGCAGCAGCAGCAGCAGCAGCAGCAGCAGCAGCAGCAGCAGCAGCAGCAGCAGCAGCAGCAGCAGCAGCAGCAGCAGCAGCAGCAGCAGCAGCAGCAGCAGCAGCAGCAGCAGCAGCAGCAGCAGCAGCAGCAGCAGCAGCAGCAGCAGCAGCAGCAGCAGCAGCAGCAGCAGCAGCAGCAGCAGCAGCAGCAUCAGCAACAGCAACACCAUCACCAGCAGUAUUACCACCAGCAGCAGCAGCAGCAGCAGCAGCAGCCGUUGGCCUCUCACCCUUCCUCCUGUCAGGCUCCUGCCAGUCCCGUCAGCAGCGCCUCUACUGCUUUCCGCCCCGCACCCUCUCCCGCCCUCCGCCCUGCCCCUGCCCCUGA